GGAUUGCUGCGGGGCCGCCCGGGCCGGACGUGCCGCCGCUCCCGGACUGCUCCGUUCCGUUCCGGCCGUACGAGCGUGCAGAAAUGUCUUCCUUCGAAAAUAAAGGACUCAUACUGGGUAUAAUGGCAGGGACUGCUGGAUUAAGCCUGGCGCUGGUUUGGUACCGCAAGAUCCGAAAACGUGGGGCAGCUGUGCGUGUACGUGCGUUCCAGGAUAUAGGUAACAGACUUAAUUCUGUGGGCUUGCAAAAUGAGGCUCCUAAUGAGCAAGGAGCCGUGAUGGUUUUACAUGGGAGGCAACUGCAGAUAUUAGAAAAAUUGAAUGGCCUGCUACUAAGUGUGGACGAACUGAAGAGAGAGGUGGAAUUUCUGAAAGAAGCUAUUCCAAAGCUUGAAGAGCUUGUUCGAAAUGAGCUUCAAGGGAAAGGUGAUGUUCAGAGAGUUAGCCCGUCACACAGAGCAACAAGGCGGAGAAAAGCUGAGACAACUUCUGGUGCAAGAGAAACUACCAGCUCUGAGGAGGCGGAAAGUGAAGGAGGGUGA